AUGACAAACAUCAUAACAUCAAUCAGACCUCCGUCCUGGAAGUCUCUGAUCGCGAGCUUUUGCAAUGCUGUGGAUGACUUUAUCGACGCAAAACUCGAAGCGCCGCUCGGGCCAGACGUCGAUCCGAAGCGCAUAUUGGCCGGCAACUUCGCUCCGGUGGACGAGAUCCCGUCCACAGAAUGCAAUGAACUGGAAGGACAAAUCCCACCCUGCUUGAAAGGGGCCCUUUACAUCCGCAACGGACCCAAUCCCCAAUUCCCCACGUCAUCCGGUUACAACCUCCUGGACGGUGACGGGAUGAUCCAUGCCCUCGCCUUCCACAAAGAUGGAUCACGAAUGACUCUCUCCAGUCGCUACGUGGGCACGCACAAACACUUGGAAGAAGAGUUUGCGGGCAGGCCCAUCUUCCCUAAUGUAUUUUCCGGCUUCCGCGGCUACGCUGGCAUGGCUAGAGUUGCCCUAACUGCGCUGAGAGUGGCUUUGAGCUUGAUCUAUCUAGGCAAAGGUGUGGGAAUGGCGAAUACAAGCCUUUUGCUCUUCAACAACAAGCUCUUGGCGCUCGGUGAAUCAGGGCUGCCGCACGAAUUGCACGUCACGACCGAUGGAGACAUUCAAACAAAAGGAGCCUUCGAUUUCGAGGGGAAAUUGAUUACACGCAUGACAGCGCGCCCGAAGAUUAAUCCCCGCACGGGUGAGCUCGUUGCUUACCGCUAUUCCAUUCUUUAUCCUUUUCUUCAUUUGUUUAGGGUGACGGCUGACGGUGUGAAGCAGCCCGACGUAGCGAUUUCUUCCAUGGGCAAGGCUUCGAUAAUCCAUGACUUCGCCAUAACGAGCAGGUACGCAGUGUUCCCUGACAUUCAGAUUGUUUUGGACCCUGCGCACAUUUUUAAAGGAGCGAAUGGUACUGCCGUCUACUUUGAUCGAAUGGGUCUGCAAUGA